CAGUCUAUCAUUACAAAACAGUUAGCUAAGAAGUCGGCUAGGUCAUUUUAAGUUUUUAAAUAAGAUGAAUAUAGAAACUGUUUCUGGAGAAAACUUAAGCUUUCCUGACUACUAUUCUCGCUCUUCAGAAGGUAUUGUUUAUAAAUUGCAUGAGUUCACUUAUUCAUUUCAUAUACUAAAUUAGUGGUCCAAAUUUUUAUUGGGAAUGAGUACAGAUCAAUGGUAUGUCCAAAAUGGGAGAUGAUUAAAGAAUUUGAGUGGGAUAUAGUCCAAAUAUAUCAGUAUCGUGGAGAAUCAUUGCAAAGGAAUCAAAGUAAUCUCAAAAGUCGGAAGGGUGCUUAAACAAAUUGGAUAAAAUCUAUUAAGCGAAUUUAAACUAGCUAUUACUAAACAUAAGAGCAAAAUUCUAGAGAAUUAAAGUCCCAUAGUACUACCUUUGAAGACAAGUUCUUUAUCAAUUACUUAAUCAUUUAGCGUUUUUAAUACUUAAUUUGUACUUUCAUUUUAAUUUUAUGUAAUAUAAUUUUAAAGCAAGAAAGACAUUAAAAUAAAUUGUUUAUAUGAACUUCACAAUAGUUGGUAAUCUUUUAAAAGCAAAAUGUAAAUAUUCUUAAACUUCUUAAGAAUUUGUUAUCCUUGAUUAAAACCGGAAACGUAGCAGACGAUAUUAGUGGGUAACCUUCACAAUUUUUUAAUAACUAAAAAUUUAGGUCAGGAUUAAGGAGCCUCACUAGAAUAAACCUCGUGUGAACUUGGAAGAGAGAUCGUUCAAACUCUUGAUUCUUUUACGGUCGUAAUGCCUCGAUUUGGUUUGAAUGUUGGCCUGGCAAUAAGACUAGCCCGAAGGGGUUGUACAAAUCGACCUUUCUAUCAUAUAAUUGUUCAAAAUGCGCAUCGAAAUCCAGACACCGGGAAAGUUCUGGAGGAAAUUGGUUCUUAUGAUCCAAUGGUGAAUAGAUAUAAAGAGAAACUGGUUUCAGUUAACUUUGACAGAUUAAAAUUUUACUAUGCUAGUGGUGCAACUAUUCAUAAGGAUGUCAGUCAUCUACUAGGUUUGAGCGGAUUCUUCCCAAUAUCUCCAAAGACAAUAAUUGAUGCCCAGAGAAAUCGUGAAAAAUUAGCAGCAGGAGAAAAAUUGAACGAUGAGCCUCCUGAAUUGCUUCUACACGAAACAUUGAAGAGUGAAAUCGAAAAGAAACGAACAGAAUAA